AUGAGCUUUGCAUUUAGUGGUACUGGUGUGUUUGAGACAUUAAAUCUAGGUCCACCAAAUAUGACAACACACAUAGAUUUAUUUCAAAAGGAAAUAGAAGAUGAAGUACUUACAACCUCAGAUUUUAUAAAUUCAGUUGUUCCUGUUUCUGUCGCUGUCAAUGACUACAUUCAUUAUAAUUCCAAAAAUGGCUCUAUUCAGGGUUUACCAUCAUUCAUGUCAUCAGUGGUUAAUCAAACAAUCACAAAUGGUGGCAUGUUGUAUACCAGGCUAAGCAUAACGAGUGCUCUUGAAAUGAUUCAUGAUCAUUAG